AUGGACCUACCACCAAGUGAUUCUGCUUGCGAGAGCGAAGACUAUUUGCCAGGCGAGGUGGAGAAACAGGCGAACGAGCAACUCGAACGCGAAUUGCAGCCAAUCGAAACAUACAAGGAUGCUCGGAAUUUGGUGCGUCAGAUGAGUGUGUCAAAGUCACUAUCUCUCCGAGUUAUGUGCAAAAACUGGGAUCCUGCUGCUGCAUUUCGGGGGCUGUAUCAGAACUGA